GUCAUUGAAUCCUUUGAGGUUAGAAGAAGCCAAACUUUGCUUUGUACCAUCAUGGACUGGUGAACCUCGAUUCCACAAUGAAGGCAAUCAUGCCCCUUGGUUGGCUAGUUUGCAAAAAUUUCUCGAGAAGUUUAAUUACAGUAGAGGUUCGAAAUUGGUGGCCCACUGCGAUAAGAGCGUCGUCAUUUAUGAAAAGCCAAGGGAAAUCUUUCUUCCGUGUCUAUGAUCUUAAACUUGAUCCGGUGAAGUCAUCAGUUACCCUUGAGAAUCUUCUGGAUUAUAUUUUACAAACAUCUCGUCCAGCGACACUAUCAUCAUUCUCAACUUCCAAGAGCGACCUCCCUGAGCUAGUGCGUAAGAAACCAAUGGCAAGAGAGAAGGAUCUCGGCUGCUGCACAUAUAAUGUUGCCGCUAACAAAUGCUGGCGGCACUUUCUGGAUAAAAUCGAAACUAAGGAUCUUGUCAAUGGCACAAGUAUAUCUGAAUGGAUUGCCCAGUUGAUGCCAUUUGAAGCUUUUAACGUUGAUUGUUUUUAG